UCCGCGGCUGCGCGGCGACGGGGGCCGACCGGGGCCAAACUUCGCCGUCAUGCGCGGCUUCCCGCUGGAGGAGCAGAAGCGCCUGGCCGCCGGCCUCGCCCGCGUCCUCUCGCUGUACCGGCCGAUCACGGACGCCUUCGUCAUCGAGUUCUUCACCGACGACCUUUGGGGCCGCCUCCCGCGCGGCUGGCAGGCGGCGCUGGGCGACCUCUCGCCCCCGCAGGUGGCCGCGCUGCUGCUGCAGAGGGGCCGCCGGCGCCGCCGCUCGGUGUGGCCGCUCUCGCUGCUGGCCUUCCGGGCCACCGCGCACGCCCUGGCCUUCCCCAGGGGCCCCGCCGCGCCCCGCGAGGCCCCGCUGCCGCCGCCCUUCCGCAGGCACCUGAAGCCCAAGAAGCAGCACGAGGUCCGGCGACUCGCGCAGGUGGUGAAGAAGCUGAGCCAGCUCACCGGGUGCCACGAGGUGGUGGACGUGGGCUCCGGUCAGGGCCACCUCUCUCGCUUCUUGGCGUUCUGGCUCCAGUUGUCUGUCACAGCUGUCGAGGGAGACCCCCGCCUCGUCGCUCAGGCCAUCGAGUUUGACCGGGAGUUGGUUCGGGGGCUGAAGAAAGAGCAGGCCAGGCAGCAGGCUCCAGACAGCCUCUCUGUCCAGGGGCCGAGCCACGUGGUGGGCUGGGUCAGUCCUGACUCUCCAUGGCCAGAGUUUGUGGAAUUGCUGCGCUCUGGGAAGGCUGGAGGGGGGGACCCCGCAGGAGACAGGAAUGCAUGGGGAGAAGCACCGGGCCGUCAACCCACCGUGCUGUGUGAGCUUAGAGAAACUGAAGCCAGAAAAGGAGGUGCAGACCAUGGGGAAGAUAUCCCAGAUUUCCUGGAAUGGGACUCGCCAGCCAGCCUGCGACCACAGCACCCCCAGGAACCGCUUUUGCUCACUGGCCUGCAUGCCUGUGGGGACCUCAGUGCGACCCUCCUCCGGCUCUUUGUUGCCUGCCCCCACGUUGUUGGCAUCACUUCAGUGGCCUGCUGCUACAUGAAGCUGAGCACUGGGGAGGUGGCCCAGCCCGGCUACCCCCUGAGCAACUGGGUGUCUGGGUUGCCAGGCCACCAGCUCUCGUACAAGGCCCGGGAAGGGGCCUGCCACGCCAUCGAGGACUACAUUCUGCGGCUCGAGCGCAACAGCUCUUCCCUGAAGACGCACUGCUUCCGGGCAAGGCUGGAGACGGUGAUCCGGGCCAUUGACCCAGCCAAGAAACGUGCUGGGGUGCAGGCCAUCCCCAAGGCCCACGAGAUGACCUUUGAGCAAUACGCUCGCCGGGGGCUGGAACGUGUCGGCAUGAGCCUGGAUGGGCCCCUAGAGCCACCGUCUCUGGCCCAACAGCAGAGGGUGGUGGUCUUCUUCAGCCUUGCUCUUCUGCUGGCCCCUUUGGUGGAGACCCUUAUUCUCCUUGAUCGGAUGAUCUACCUGCAAGAGCAAGGUUUCCCGUGUGAGCUGGUCCCUCUCUUCAACCCAACUCUCUCUGCCAGGAAUCUCGUACUGGUGGCUGCCAAGAAGGUGCUACCCUCCGACCUCUGGGGCCUGGCUGCAGAAGACUAAGGGGAGGAGGUUCUUGUCCUGGAUGGGCCUUCUCAGUGCUUUAUGCAGAAAAAGCAAAAG